AUGGGCAACUAUUGUAGUUCCGGACAGACGAAAAAGGAUAAGGAUAAUGUGUCGGAAAAAUCCGAAGAAUCGCCCUCUUAUCAGCUGGCGGAUAAGGGAAAGGGCAAGGUGAACGAUGUGAAGGAGGCACCCUUGGCGGCGCCGGAAGUCACAUCGGACGCAUCCGGCACGGGCCAAAUCUCCAACAGCUCCAACGCGACCAACGGGUGCAACUCGUCCAAUGUGGCUGGCGCGGGCGGUGCUGAUGGGGCGAGAGCACAGCCGAAAGCACUCCAGAACGUGCAAUCGAUGACGCUGUCGGAUUCCACCACGAACAGCCCGAUGACCGUGUCGCCACCAUGUGAUAUACCGCUAGUGCAUCAGAACUUACCGCAAAACCUAACACCACUGUACGGCAAACCGACAACCAAUCGGCGGACGGAUAAGUACAAAAAGAUCGUCCUUUACAUACUGGCCGCGGACGAUGGCUUCCAGGCGGAGAAGGCAAUGCUGCGGGAGGUGUUUAAGACGCUGAACCAGAAAUGUCAAAGCCGUGGGUUCGAGCUGCACGUGGCCGAUCUGCAUGUCCACCAGCCGAAAGGGAACAGCUUCGAUGUGAACAAAUGGUUCAGUGGGCCGCUCGAGGCACAGGGUGGCCACGAGCUGGCCGCUAACUGUUUGGCGGAGAUUGCACGCCAGUCCUGUGACUCGUACCUUAUACCGGUGCUGUUCCUUGGCGGUACGCUGGGCGAUCCGCUGCUACCGCUGACGAUCGAAAGCCAAGACUUUGUGGCGGCACUGCAGAUGGCCGAGCGGAAUCCGGCGGAACGUGCGUUACUGGAGAAGUGGUACGUGCUGGAUGACAAGUCGCAACCGGCGUGCUAUCGGUUGAAUGCUACCGCCACACCGGCACUGUCGACGGAAGAAUCGCAGAAGGAGCUCGCGUCGCUGCUGCAGACGUUGAUUGACAUAUUCUCGAAAGAGCUGCGUGACUCUUACCUAACCACCGUCGUUGAACAGGAAAUCAACAACACCGUGCUGAUCAGCCAAGAGCUAUCCAAGCGUUGCAUCUGGAUCCAGAGUGCUGUAGCGGCACCAAAAUCGGAAGGAUUAUCCUCUGUCGAGGCGGAAAUGGUGCGAAGGUUGACCAACAUACAGAACGAUCUUAAGAAUCAACUGUCCGAGAAGCACAUCAUUCGCAUCCCGGCCAACAUUGCCCAACAGCAGCAGGAACAGUUCGGUACGCUGCUGGACACCUGUCUGGCGCAUGAAAUAGAUGCGAUCGUCGACGAACACGUGAGCAAGUACGCGAUACCGCACUGCACGUACGGCGUCGACCGGCGGCUGCUCAGCGAGCUGGAGGAGGUGAACCGCCAUUCGCGCGUGCUGAAUGAAAACUGCGCCAACUUCAGCACGACCGAGCGUGUCCGCGACUACCUAACGUCGGCCCGGGGCAAACCGCUGGUGGUGUACGGCUCGAUGGGUGCGGGCAAGAGCGUCUUCAUGGCGAAGCUGUCCCAAAAUCUGCACACCUGGCUGCCGGAGUCCCAUCUCGUGAUGAGAUAUGCGAACCUUACCAUGCAAAGUUCGGACGUAACUGGGCUGCUGGGAUCGAUAACGGAGCAGAUAUCAGUAUUAAUUAAGGGAGUGCCGACACGCUGCCAGCAUACCAUUCCGUCAUACGCCGGUGUGCUGAAGUCAUUGCUGGAGAGCUCGAAGCAGCAGAUCACCAUCCUGAUCGAUUCGAUCGAUGCGUUGCGUGAUGUGGAGGAGCUCGAUUGGCUGCCGGUGACGCUGCUGGACAACGUGAAGCUCGUGCUGACGGUCAGCACCGCCGGCACCGGUCAGGAACUGGCGAAUGCCGACAGUGGUGUGCUGCGGCGUCUACGGGAACGGAUCGGUGACGAUAGCUGCUUCCUGUGUCUCACCCCAUUCACCCAGGAACAGUGGGAAGAUGUGCUGUGCUUCGGGGGUGGCGACAUUUACGCCGCCAACGGUGCAUUGCAGCUGCCGGAGUGUUGGAAAAAGUCGGGCGAGAAAAUUUCCAUCCAAGCGAAGAUUCUCUGGUGGCUCGGAUGGCUUGGCAUCACCAACCUUUCGGACACGUCCGUAUCGCACAUCAGCGAGCGCGUGUUCGAGAUACUGGAGGAGAAGUUUACUGCCGCCAUCGUUAGGCUGAUCGUGUCACUGCUGCUAGCCUCCCGGGAAGGUUUGCUCGAGACGGAAAUCAUUACACUUAUAAGAAACUCUAAUUUAGUUACCGGAUCAACAACAAAACUGUGGACGCACUUUUGCUGGAAGAUGGGACCACUUUUUCUGCACAAUAAGAACAUUAUCGUCGUCGAUAGGACGCUGCGCCAGGUGGCGGAACAGCGGUACGAGGCGGACAUUAGGCAGGCGCACCGCAUCCUGUACGAUUACUACGAGCCGCAACCGAACGCGUUUCUCGACCAGAAGGGCAAAGAGCGAUGUUUUAACUACAGGAAGAUUGUCGAAUUACCCUACCACAAGUACAAGCUCGAUGCGGUAGCGACCGAGAGCACCUUUACCAACUCUCCGUACCUGACCGAUCUCGCCUGGCUGCAGGACAAACUGAUCGCUACCGGAUGUGUUCAUAUUUUAAACGAUAUUUGUCUGGUGGAGGGGGCCGCCAGUGCCGGUACGCAUGUCGCGCUGCUAAAGUCCUUCCUCGAGGCGCACUUUAAGGCGCUCAACUAUGACGGCCAUCAGCUGUACUCGUUGCUGCGUCCGGUUCUGGUGGCGGAGCGGCAACGUGCCGGUUCACCGUACGCGAACAGUGCGACCGUGCAGCAGUGGCUUGAGACGAUCGACAACAGUGCUGUGCCGUUUCUGGAGCGGUUAACGCCGGCUGAGGGUAAGGAUGACGGGGGGAAGCAAACAGGCGACAAGCCCGGGAAUGCUGGGUUCGAUCUGAUGAUGAACCUGAGCAUCGAGGGAUACUUCGUGAUAUCGCUCAGCACAGAGCGGGAAGAAAUCUGUGUGUGGGAUGUGGCAAAAUGUCGAAAGGUACGGACCCUGACGGGAGUUCCGCAACCGUCCGCAAUUUGUCCGGUGGGUGAUUACGGUGUGGCGGUACUGUGCCGCCGAGAGAUUCGCAUCAUCGACCUGAACGAGGGCAUGUUCAGGGUGACGCUAAAGGGCGUCAUGAAUCAGAAGAUGCCAUACUUCGGGCUGCACGAUCCGUCGCACCUGGUGUGCCUGUCCCGCAACCGCAUGUACGUGAACCUGAUGAACAUCGAGUCGGGUGACUGUGUGACCACGUUCAAGGCGGGUGAAGACCGGUUCCUGAACUCACUCCUUGUGUCGGGCGAUGGAAGAAUACUCGUGUGCGGUGACGAAACGCAGAAACCGUUCCCGCUGCUGGUGUGGCACCUGUCGCAGAAGAAGCUGCUGUACGAUCUGCGCAUACCGCACCAUGAUUUCAUCACCUCGCUGUCCGCCAUCACGCACGAAGGUUCGUACGUGUGCGUGGUGGCGAAGGAGCUGGCGGAACCGAGCCCCAACUUCAUCGUGGUGUACGAUCUGCAGAGCGGCACACUGUUCAAGAAGUGGAAACCGUCCUGCAACACGGUAUCGCUGGCCAUCUCGCAGACCAACACCUGCGUCAUUGCGGGGCUGGAGGAUGCGAGAAUUUUAAUCUGGGACUUGGUGACCGGUAACUGCCGAAGUACGCUGGUGGGCCACAGUGCACCGGUGACCCUGCUGAAGAUAGAUCCAACUGGCAAAAUUUUACUCUCCAGCGACAAGGAAGGGCGCGACAUGUCCAUACGGCUCUGGCAGCUCGAUAGUGGCCACCUGCUGGCCGUGUACACACCGGAGGAGCGUAUUACGACGUGCGAAAUUCUCAGCGGUGGCUCGUACCUCGCACUGGCGCUGGAGAACCGCCACAAUCUGAUCACGCUGAAGCUGCGGUCGGGCAGCGAUCGAUCCGGGGAUGAACGUUCGUCGGUAGCGUACGGUAACGCGGAACACGAUGGUAAGCAAUUCGAUUUGAAGCAGUAA